AUGGCUCCCGCUCAAGACUACCACACCGCCGUAGAAAACUUAAACAGUACUGCUACUGUUACCAACACCGUUACAGCAGUUCCGCCUUCCUACGCCCUUGCACCCACUGUUUACUACAACCCAAGAUUAGAUCCGAAAAACUUCUUGGAAGGUCCCCUCUCUCCAAACCCAUCAACAAGACUCCGUCAGAUGCUCGCACGACCGGGGAUUGUUGUCGCUCCCGGGAUUUGCGAUGGCAUCAGUGCUCGGUGUGCCCUUGAAGCCGGCUUUGACUGCUUAUAUCAAAGCGGGGCUGCGACCACUGCUUCUCGUCUUGGACAACCCGACUUGGCUAUCGCUACUUUGAAUGACUUUGUCGAGGCCGGGCAAAUGGUUUCCGGUCUCGAUCCUUCUGUUCCAGUAAUCGCUGACGCCGAUACCGGCUUUGGCGGCCCAGCUAACGUAGCCCGCACCGUCAGACAAUAUGCCAGGGCGGGUAUCGCAGCCUUUCAUAUCGAAGACCAAGUCCAAACCAAACGCUGUGGCCACUUGAUGGGCAAACAAGUUGUUUCCAGGGAGGAGUUCUUGACUCGCAUUAGGGCUGCCGUUCUUGCCCGUGACUCAAUUCCUGGGGGCUCUGACUUCGUUAUUAUCGGUCGCACGGACUCCGCACAAGUUCUUGGGAUGGAAGAGGCUAUAUACCGAUUGAAGCUGGCUGCCGACGCCGGUGCUGACGUCUGCUUCAUCGAGGGCGUCAAAACCAAGGAGCUGUUAGAAAGCACUGUGGAGGCUCUAGCCCCUACACCGGUCCUUGUCAACGUCAUCUCUGGUGGUCUCACUCCAUCAUUCACCUACCAGGAAGCUGAAGCUACGGGAGCUAAAAUAAUUAUAUUCUCGUUGGUGUCCUGCGUUGCAAUGGUCCAUGCGGUCCGGGCAGCUAUGCGUUCCCUGAAGAAGACAGGAACGGACUUCACUUCAGCGCAAGGGAUGGACCCUAAGAAAUUCUUCGAAGUCAUGGGCUUGAACGAUGUCGUAGAGUUAGAUGCCAAAGCAGGCGGCACUGCGUUUCAAGUCGUAUAA